CAUUGCUUCGACCUUCUCAAAACUUGCCCUUUUUCCAAGUUUUUUAGUAAAAGACAACCAUUUUUACAGAAUCCCUAUUUCCAAAUUCUGUGCCCCUUUUUCUCUUUUGAUUUCAUUUGUCUUUUUUUUUUUUUUUUAAUUUCAUUCUCUCUCUUCUAUGAUUCUUCUCCUAUCAGAAUAAAAAUGGCAGUGACCACUUUUUAACUCAUCCUCACAAUUUUUUUUGAGAUAAAUUCGAUUUUAUUCAAGCCCAGGGUAAGGUGAUUUUACGAGCCGUGGAAUUGAUGUUUCUAUCCGCGGUGAAGUGUGGAGCUUACUGAGUCCUGUUCUGUGUUGACUUCGUCUUGUGAUCCUCGUUAUGUAAUGGAAUGGAUUUCAGUCUAUUACAAGGUUAUAGGACUUUGUCCCAUAUCAGUAGUAUGGACAACUAAUGUGGGGUUUAUAGCGUAAAUGGACUCUCUCACCUACCAGGCUAGUCUUUUGAGACAACAUUUGCAGGUCAAGCUCAUCGUGUAGAUACAAUGAGGAAAAGGGGUCUUCAUGAAGCUUUACAUCCUUUUGAUGAUCAUCCCUUUGAGAUAUAUCAUCAAGGCUUGUGGAAAACUGUGGAACGAUUAAGAAUCGGCUCCGGCAAUGUAACGUUUAACGUCUUGGACCUUGGAUAUUUAUUCGAGGAGAAGAAUUUUCUCUCUACUCUAAGGCUACGGCCUAGACGAGCAACUAUGAUUGAUUGCAUCUGUGUAUUAAGACCUGGUGCUGAUGUUUCUGUAUUUUCAACAUCCGAAGAAUCAUCUGAAGAAUCUCUUACAGGAUGGUUUGAUGCUAGAAUAACAUCAAUCAAGAGGUCACCACAUGAAUCUGAAUGUAACUGCAAGUUUUACAUCAAAUUCUACCAAUUCAGUGACCAUGCUGGAACUAACAGAAGAACGUUAUGCAAAGAGGUUGAAAUUGUCGGGAUUAAUCAAAUAUCAAUAUUUCAAGUACUCGAACAAAAGCCUUCGGAAAAUACUCAUUAUAGGUGGCCUUUCUCAGAAGACUGUACUACAGUGUCAAGGACUAAAUUAUUUCUAUCGAAGUUCGCUGCUGAUAUCUCUUGGCUUAUUGUUGCAUCAGUUCAAAAACAAACUGUAUUUGAUGUAAGAUCAAUACAAAGGAAGUUAGUCUACCAAAUAUUGGACAUGAGUUCUAGUAGUUACUCGACCGCUGUCAAUCUAAGAGGUGUAAAUUUCAGGACAGAAGGAGAAAUCACAUUUUCAUCUGUUUUUCCGUUUGUUCCGGAGGAAAAUAAUGCAGUGCCACUUGCCGAAGAGCUUGAGGAGGAGAACACACUUGCAAGCUAUGAGCUAACAGAAGUAAGGAGAUCAAAACGUAGGCUUGUACAGCCUGAGAGAUACUUGGGUGAGAUUGGUCUUGAGGCGACAGAUAUUACUGCACUCAGAAUAGGGUAUAAGUUUUGGAAUCAGGACGAUUUGGCCAUUGUAGUCGUAAAUGAAGAGGAUACCAGUAAAGCUGUUGUAGAAGAACCCCAAGAGAAUUAUGAAGGCGCUAUUGAGUUAUAUUCCGGGCCAGGGGGAACUUAUCCUUUUUCGCUUACUGGAGCUGAGGCAAAAGAUGAGAAUCUUAUGAUUAGAGAUGCUCAAAGUGAAGGAGAGGGUAAGAACGGAGAAGGUCGAAAAAAGCGAAAAUAUGUCAAAAGAGUGAAAGAUAGCAAGGGGAAAAAUGUACAGAAAGAGAGUAAGCAUAACCAACUUGCUAUUAUUUCGUUUAAGAAAGAAGGCAAUAAAAUGCCUCGAGAAAAAAGUCAUCUCCUUAAUGAGAUCCGUUUAAAUCCUCUUGAUAUCGAUGAUGAUAACGUCCCCUUGAAGUUCUAUACUAAAAGAUUUAGACAGCGUAGAGAAGCAAUAAUGACAUCAAGAUUAGCAUCGUCAUCAUACACGAAGAAGAAUUCAGAGCUGGAUGAUUAUUAUGAUGGACCAAUAUACGGAGGAAAGAAGUCAAACUUUCGACAGUAUCCUAAGAAAAAGCAUCGCCCUGUGUUUGCUUCUUCGUCUAGGAGUGAUAAGUACUCGGAAGAUCCAUCAAGAAAGAAGAAAACAUUGGAUAUUUCUGCGUACAAGGACCUUAUAUCAACCUACAUGAAGAACAUACAGUUGACCAUUGAGAACAAACAGCCAAUUCCUACUGAUGCAUGGAAAAACCUUCAAGGAGCGUCAUCUAUGUAUGAAAAGAAAGUUGCUGAUGAAGCUCCUCCUCCCGAAGAGGAAGAAGAAUCAGAAUCCGAAAUGCUGUUCAGAGAAAUGGAACUUUGUUUAGCUUCAGCAUAUUAUGAAGAGAAGAAUCCAAAGACCGAUGAACAAGCAGAAAAUUUCUUCAAAAAUGAUGGAUCUUGUCAGCAUGUAUACACCAUAGAUGAUGAAAUCGGGGUUCUAUGUCAAUUGUGUGGAUAUGUACUAACAGAAAUUAGGGAUGUCACGCCACCUUUUAUGCGACAAUCCGGAUUUACCAAAAAACAAGAAAGAAAUGACCAGGCUGAAAAGGAUGAUACAGAGCAUAAGCUGCUAGAUGAGGCAUGUGCGGAUCUUGUCUAUAAUCCUGCUUCAUAUGACACUCUUGUGUCUGAAUCAAAUGAUAUUGUCUGGACUCUUAUUCCAAGUAUAAGGAAUAAAUUACAUGAACAUCAAAAGAAGGCAUUCGAGUUCCUUUGGACCAAUCUUGCCGGGUCUUUAAUACCUUCGGAAAUGGAACCAUCAGGGAAGAAAGUGGGAGGUUGUGUGAUUUCGCAUACUCCUGGUGCUGGGAAAACAUUUCUUAUCAUCGCAUUCCUUGUAAGUUACUUAAAGCUGUUCCCGGGAAAGAGACCUUUAGUUCUUGCUCCAAAAACAACACUAUAUACAUGGUACAAGGAAAUUAUAAAGUGGGAAUUUCCUGUCCCAGUGUACCAAAUCCAUGGCAGAAGAACUUAUAGGGAUCGAAUCUACAUGCAGAAGGUUGGAACUUCCUCAUCAGCUGUUGUUCCAAACGGUGAUAUCAUGCACGUACUUGAUUGUUUGGAGAAGAUACAGAAGUGGCAUGCUCAUCCUAGCGUUCUUCUUAUGGGUUACACCUCCUUUUUGUCGCUCAUGCGAGAGGACUCGAAGUAUGCUCAUCGUAGGUAUAUGGGUCAAAUUCUAAGGGAAAGUCCAGGAAUCUUGAUACUCGAUGAAGGGCACAACCCGAGAAGUACAAAGUCUAGGCUGAGGAAAGCGUUGAUGAGAGUUGAGACAGAAUUCAGGAUUUUGCUUUCCGGAACUUUGUUUCAGAACAAUUUUGGUGAGUAUUUUAACACCCUUUGCUUGGCUAGGCCGAAGUUUGUUAAUGAGGUGCUUCGAGUUUUAGACCCAAAAUACAAGAAGAAAAUAAAGGGACAGAAUAAGACGAGGACUUCCAUAGAAAACCGAGCAAGGAAGGUAUUCAUGGACAUCAUUGCUAGAAAAAUAGACUCGAACGAAGUAGAAGAGAGAACCGAUGGCCUAAUCAUGUUGAAGAACUUGACGAAUAAGUUUAUUGAUGUAUAUGAAGGUGGAGGCUCAGAGAACUUGCCAGGCCUUCAAAGUUAUACCCUUAUGAUGAAGCCAACUCCUUUGCAGCAUGAACUUCUUGUGAGGCUUCACAAACACAUGAGUGUUGCUCGGGGAUUUCCUUUGGAGCUCGAGCUUAUGAUCACCCUUGGAUCCAUCCAUCCUUGGUUGAUUAGAUCUGCUGUUUGUGCUAACAAGUUCCUUAGCGCAGAGGAGCUUCAGAGUCUUGAUGUUUUCAGGCAUGACCCCACAAAAGGGUCAAAAGUGAAAUUCGUCCUUGGUCUCGUUCAACGGUCUAUCAUUAGGAGAGAAAAGGUAUUGAUCUUUUGCCACAACAUUGCACCAAUAAACCUCUUCGUUGAACUUUUCGAGAGAAUAUAUGGGUGGAGAAAAGGCCAUGAGGUUCUCGUCCUUCAAGGGGAUCUCGAGCUUUUUGAGAGAGGACGGGUAAUGGAUAAAUUUGAGGAACGUGGAGGGGAGUCAAAGGUACUACUCGCAUCCAUCAAUGCUUGUGCCGAAGGUAUUACAUUGACAGCUGCUUCUAGGGUGGUCUUGUUGGACUCUGAAUGGAACCCCUCGAAGCAAAAGCAGGCCAUUGCUCGAGCUUUCAGGCCUGGCCAGGAGAAAAUCGUUUAUGUUUACCAACUUUUGGUUAGUGGUACAUUAGAAGAAGAUAAGCAUGGUAGAACAACAUGGAAAGAAUGGGUGUCUUGUAUGAUAUUUAGUGAAGAACACGUGGAUGAUCCUUCGAAAUGGCAAGCGGAGAAGAUCGAAGAUGCUUUGUUAAGAGAGAUUGUCGAGGAAGAUCAUGCUAAGUCUUUCCAUAUGAUCAUGAAGAAUGAAAAGACGUCUUAUGAGAACCCUCUGAAGGUGAUCAAUGAGGAAUAAGUGCGAGCACACCUUUCCGAACAACUUGUACAAUAGUCAUGGAAUAAAUCUAGGACGAUGAUCGUCAGUCAGUGGUGACAUUUGAUCAAGUCGGUAUGUAAAAUAUGAUUCAAAUCAACUAUUUAGAUGCAAAUUCUGUAUUUUCAUCUUCCAAUUUCCAUUCCUGUGAUGGUUUGAAACCGUUUGAUUUGCAUCGCGUAUUAAGCUCGAUUAGGCCUUAUAUGAACUUAUUAGCGCUUAUCUAAACUUAUUUAAAUUUGUCGGGUAUGUAUAUUUGAUUAUGCGGAAUUUCUUAUUUUCAUUAGCUUAAAAGACAAAAAAAAAAAAGUUAUCUAAUGCUCAAGUACUAGUUGAUUAAACUAUGUUGCCAAUUAAUAGAAGUGUAAGUUAAAG